AUUCUAUAAAUAUCACUCCUCUUCCAUUAGCGAUUCAUUCUAUUUACUUAUUUACAGAUCAACAAUCGAUUCGAAACCUAAAACGAAGAAAUAUGCUUCCCCCAGAUAUGAUCUCAGAAAUCCUAUCACGCUUACCAGUGAAAACCCUAUUACGAUUCAGAUGUGUCGAGAGAACAUGGUGUUCUAUAAUAGACGGCCAAAGUUUCGUCCAAUUGCACUUGCAUCAAUCCAUGACGACGAACUCCUAUCACAGCCUAAUUCUCGGAAGCCGGAAGGGACUUUAUUCUGUAGAUUUGGAUUCAAUCGACAAAGCCCAGCUCAUUGAACCACCAGUUUCUUCCAAGGGUUUUGACUGCAUAUCCAAUUCUUGCAAUGGGUUAAUUCUUGUAAUGAGCGAUCCCCUUGUUCCCCCUGUAUUGUGGAACCCUUUCUUAAGAAAAUACAAGAUUUUACCUGAUGCCGCGAUCGAAUAUCCAGCUCCUUUAUUGUGUCUUUCCAAGGUUUUCUAUGGGCUUGGUUAUGAUUCGAGAAAUAAUGAUUAUAAAGUUGUUCGUGCUGUUGAAUUCUGCAGUGAAACAAGUCGUGCCUGGGUAUGCUCUGCAACUGAGAUUUACAGUCUUAAAUUGAAUUCCUGGAAUAUGGUCCCUGUCCUGUCCAAUAUGAAAGGAAACUGCGACAAAUGGGACGUACACGUCCACGGGGCAUUGCAUACCCUUAUGGAGGAUUCUUCACAUGUAUAUUCUGUCAAAUCAUUUAUAAUUAUGGCUUUUAGUGUUGAAAAUGAGAACCAUUAUGCGAUGAUGUUGCCACCAAAUAUUGAGACUGAGAACGUCGAGAUGAAGUUGGAGUUGCUAAGAGGGUGUCUUUGUUUAGUUUGCGCUGAUAAUUAUGAUGUUAAUAAUAUAUGGGUGAUGAAGGAAUAUGGAGUGGAGGAAUCUUGGACUCAAUUGCUAUCAGUUGGUCCUCCAGCCUUGUUCGCCCUGACUGUCCUGGGGAAGGUGAUGGGGUCACGACAAGAGAAAAGGAAGGAAAAGAAGAUCAAGAGGAAGAAAGGAUUUCCUUUCAGAGGGGUUAAGUUCGUGAGAUUGGAUGAGAAAAAGACGUUGAAAUUCAGUGUUACGACUUGCGAGUAUAUGAAGUCGAAGGCUGUGGUUGUCAAUGGUUUGAUCCUCCCCUUUGUCUCUGAAAUUUCAGGUUUCCAACAGAUGGUGAAGUUGUAGGUUGACCAGUUUAAGAACAUCGUCUUGGGACCCUCAAGCGUAUUUUCUUGCGAAAGACUUUUAGGGCUGUUGCUGCUGGCAGUAUAGUUCCUGCGUAAUUUAUUAAUUCUGCCAUGUCUGUCCAAGUUCGCUGAGCAAUUCUAUAUCAGAAUUGAGUUUUGAAGAACAAAAAAUAUCACAUGCUGAUUAUUAGUAUAAAUUAUUUUGGUUGUUUUUCCUUAUUUUCUCUUCAACUUAUUUAUCCUUCACAUUUUUUGUAUCGACCUCUCACAAUUCACAAGGAUGUAGAAACUGUAGUUAAAAGAAAUAAUUGUGACUCAGCUUGGACCGUUGUCAAAUA